AUGAUAUUCAAAGUUCAACGCGUGUAUUUCUCCCGCACAUUGAUGUAUUAACUAACGUCUCUAUGGACCGCAUUUGAUCUGCAAUUAUCGUAUAAAUUGUAAUAUGGAUUGUGAAAAUGAUAUAGAAUUGAAUUCAACGUUUGAUGUAAAUCAACCAAAUAUUAUAAUAACAGGAUUUGGUCCAUUUAGAGACAUAGAAGUUAAUUCUAGUUGGAUAGCUGUACGAGAGCUUGCAAAAGUUGGUAUAGAUGGAGUAAAUUUGAUAAUCAAAGAAAUUCCAGUUGAAUAUGAAACUGUAACAAAAAUUAUUCCAGAAUUAUGGAAAAAGUAUAAACCUGCUAUGGUGGUACAUUGUGGAGUCUCCAGCUCAGCAAAAACACUUGUGUUAGAACAGUUAGCACAUAAUAAUGGAUAUGAAUCACCAGAUGUAACUGGAAAUCUUCCACCAUCAAGUUGUUGUGUGAAAUGUGGUUCUAAAUGUUUACAAACUAAAAUUGACAUGUAUCAAGUUAGUCAUGAUGUUAAUUCUUCAGGAUUGCAGAUUCCAGCUGUGGUAUCAAAUGAUGCAGGAAGGUAUUUAUGUGAAUUUAUAUAUUACACUUCACUAAAUGUAAGUCCUGCCACAGCAUUUAUUCAUGUUCCUCCAGUGGAUCAACCUUUUUCGGUUGAACAACUAGCACAAGGAAUUAAAGUAGCAAUAUCUUCAAUGAUAAAGCAAUUGAAUUUACUUCCAGUAUACAAAUGAAAUAUAAACCUGCCAUAGUAAUUAGGAUUGUACUCAUUUUUCUGUACAUUACGCUGCUAUUUAUAUUAUAUACAUAAAAAAAAUAUAUAUAUAUAUAUAUAUUCUUUUUUAGAAUCAAAUAUAUUUUUAAAUUUAAGGCAUUUAAAAUAUUGAUGGAGAAAAUGAUGUAAAAAAUGUAUGCUAAAUUAGAUUCAGCUUUUUAUUCUUAAGAAUUAUAUCCUUGAAACAGAUUGUAUUAAAAUUCUAUGCUAAAUCUGAUCUUUUUAUUUAAAAAUAUUUUCGUGGAUUUAUAAAAAUUUGUAAACUUAAAAAUUUUUCUUCUUAUUGUGAUACAUUUUACAAUAAUACUUAAGAAUGGUCCAAUGCUUUGUACAAAAUCUUGUAAUAAAUGUAUCUGAAUAAAAGUUAAAUUUUAUUAAUCCUUAUAACCAUUUA